AUGUUACAAGUAUCAAGAAUAUCAGAAAAUCUUCCUGUUUUUCCAUCUAAAGCUCUUCGUGCUUCUAGCUCUUCAAGUGCACGAUUUUUUGCUGGAGAAUGGUUGAUCGUUGUUGCAGGGAACAAAUUGUUUUUAUGGAAGUAUUCAAGAUCUGCAAAUACACAACCUCACUCUUCAUGUGUAAGUUUUGAUCUGCCUGUCAGUGAUCUGCCACAUAGUGCCUCCCUAGUUGGCUUACUUUUCCCGUCGAACGAUUCUGAAGUUUCACCUUUGCCUACAAGCUGUUUGGCACUUAGCUCUUGUGGUGGCAAUUUGCGCCUAUGGCCUCGAUUGACUCGCAACUAUGUACAUGUAGAUACCGUACUACCAGCACCUAUCGGUGGACUAUAUGGAGAUCAAGCUAUUCAACUGGAACAUAUUCAUGUGUCUGGUGCAUUUGUGGCUGCCACACGAACAGGCCACCUUGUGCUUAUCGACACACGCAAUGCUCAGGAUGGCGUAAAGACUCAUUUAAUUACGAGUACUAAUGAUGGUUGUAUGCAUUCAAAAGGAAUAUUAUCUGGUUUAAGCCGCCGUGUGUCGAAUUUCUUCAGCUUAGUUUCUUCAACCACAACUUCAGGGUUAAUAAAACCGAUGCCAGCUCGUGGUGGUGAAAACUUUGUGUUUCUACGUUUAAUCACGUGUAUGUCGUCAAACGAUUGUGAUAAAUGCCUCUGUUUUGCGUUGUAUAAAAAUCAACUGGAUGUUUGGUCAGUUGAUUAUAAUUUAAACUGUGAAUUGUGUGAUGUAUAUACUAUUGACACAUUGAUCAAUUCAUCAUCAUCAUCACUUGAAGACGGUGAUUUAGACUGGGAAGCUGUUGAUUUCGCUAUACAAUCAAAUCGUUAUGCAUCAUCUACUGCUGAUCAAACUUUAGCCUAUAUUCUUCUAAGUCGUACCGAUGACCAACAAUCAUCUAGAGAAUUACGUCUGUUAACAGUUAAAUUUAAUCAGAUUGAAUCAUCUUUAUGCUUUACAAUCAAUGCUUCUGUUAGCCUAGAAUAUCCUUUUUAUGAAGAUAAAUUAUACACAUCGGAAGAAGCAAAUAUUCAAUUUUGUUUACCAGCUGAUUCAACACCUCAAUCAUUGUAUCCAUGUUUAUUAGGCUGUUUAUAUUGCCUUCGAACUGGACAAGUUUUUAUCAUUGAAGUUUUAACUGGACAGACAAUUGGAAAAUUAGAAUUUUCACCAAAUUUACCAAAUCAACCACCUUGUGCACAAUCGUUAAUUAGUAUUGGCAGUUCAGAUAUGCAUAGUUUAUUUAUCUUUUUAACUUGUCAAUGUGGUCUGCUCACAUUAACACCAUGUAUAGAUAGUGGUAAUAAUAAUGCAGGCAAUAUAAAUGAAAUGAUGGAUGCGAUUCCAUCAUCAAGUGGUGGUUUAUCAAUGAUAGAUGUGGAUCAAGUUAGUUUAGUGGGUUCAGAAGUCAGUUUAAAUAGAAGUAUGCAUAAAUCACGUUCUAGUAUUGUCAGCUGUCCUACAAUAUUGUCUCAAAAGCAACAUUCUGAACCUGAUUUCUCAAUUAUUGUCCAUACAGUAGACGAAAAACGUUUAAAAGUUAACAUUAUGUUCACAGCUAAUACCUACAUUAUAUCAUUGGCUGGUGAAUCACCUGACAAACCGAUUAAACUAUCUCCUAUGGAUCGUUUAUUUGUUGCUUUAUGCGAAGUUGCACGUAUAUACUGGAUGGGAUUUAAAGAACAAACAAUAAGUUAUUUGAAAUGUAUUCUUCAUGAUAUAUCUGCUAGUAGUCAUUUAUCCUUAGUGUAUUUUCGUUUAGCCAAACGUAUUCUCAAUGAACAUCCAAUAGCAUCGGAUGCUCGUUGGCAAUGGUUACAUACACAAUUAUCAACAAUUAUUGAUUCAUUGCCUAUAUCUAAUCUACAUUAUCUUGAAUUAGAAGGUUCUUCUAGUUUUCAGUAUAUUGUAUCUGCUUUACAUAACAGUAAUAAUAAUAGUCAUAUAGAAGGAGGAGCAGGAGGAAGUACAGAUACUACUUUAUUAUUACUGCCGAUAUCACGUUUAUGCGCACGAUUAGAUGCAUUGCAUAAUUUACAAGAAUUAUGGUUAUUAUUAUAUAAUAUAUGCUGUGAACAGUCAACGCGUUAUCUUAAUACAAACUUUGUAACAACAGUAAAACUAAUUGAUGUACCGAAAUAUUUAAAUAUUUUAUUAUCUACAACAUCUGUCAACGAUGAUGAUACUGAGACAACUACUACUACUAAUAGUGAUGGGAAUCGUUUAAACAGGAGAAAAACCCCAACAAAUAAUAAUAAAAGUAAGAAUAAAUUGUAUCAUGAAUUACGUAGUCUUAUGAAUGAACAUUCAUUUACUACAAAUAUUGAAUCAUCAAAUCACCGUCGUCUUCGUUCUCGUCGUCGUCGGCAUAGUGACGGUGAUAAUGAAAGCGCAGAUAAUGAUGUUGAUGUCGUUGAUGAAGGCAAUGAUGGUGAUGAUGGGUCAGCAGUUAUGAAUACAUUUCCAAAUUCAAGAUAUGCAUGUUGUUCACCUGAAUAUGACCAAUUAGUUGAAGAUUGUGCUGGUCGUUUAUUGAAUUCAUUAGAUUUUGAAAGUAUCAUUAAAGCUGCUGAUGACUGUCCAAUGGAUAACAGUGUCAAUUGGGCUGAAACGCAUAUUUUAUGCGGAUUACAUAUUGCUGGAGAAUUAAUUGAAUUCGGUAAAGCUUUACAAAAUAAAUUAGCUAAAGAGCCACAAUCUUUAUAUCAGUCAGUAUUCAAUGAAGUUGCUAUGAAUGCAGGAUUUACAUUGAAUCACUUACAGGUUAUUAAAUCACAAGAUAUUGUCCUACAAACAGUCACUUUAAUCCCUGAAUUAAUAAAAACUUUCUGUGAAACAAUUGACAAUCAAAUGUCUAUGAAUGCUACAUCCUCUGAAGGCAAGGUCAGAUCAGAUACUGUAAUAAACAGAAGCAGUGUAGAAUUUCUCAUUCAUGUAUCACGUUUAAUUGAAGCUGGUGUAGCUGAAAUUGUACAGUAUCGUGAAACUCGUCUAUCAAGUUUACUUAAAACUUUAGAAUCAUGCAAUCGAAUGGAUGAAUCAUCUCGGAAAGUUUAUUACCUACCGUGUUGGCUUACAGAUGAAGAACCAUAUGGUCUUGGAAAUGUUUUGUUAAAAUUGUUAAAUCAUCUUGUUAAAGUUGGAUCGAAUAAAUCAAUAAUGGAGAGUGAAACUGAUCAUCAUCAACAUCAUCAUAUGUCGAAUGAUGAAACAACUAGUUAUCACCAGCUGACUAAUGAUUGCACUAAAUAUGCAAUUGAUUUAAUACGUAGUAUAUUAUGCAUUGCAAAACAACGUGUCAUCUGGGCUACAGUCAACUCAUCUUGGGCAUUAUAUUCAAAUAAAGAAGACAAUUUACUGGAUAGUCAUCAUGCUGAACAACAAAAUAAUCAAACAGACAUUAAAAAUCGUAUACAAGCAAUACAACGACUUAGACGAUUGAAACAUUGGUAUGCAAGUUUAAGAGAAUAUCUUAUUUCAAUUGUCGGUGAUCAGCUUCAUCGACCUGAAUCAGCACUUGACUUAGCUGAACAAUUUGUCGAUUUAGAUCAGAUAAUGCGUUGGUGUUACCUUUUAGAAGUACAAGAUGAACAAUACAGUUUAGGAGCUGGUGCUGCCGGUGAUGAAUUGACUACUAUAGCUUUAGGAAAUGAAAUUGAUCAACGUAAUCGUUAUCAUCAUCAUCGUUUAGCGGCUGUCUUAAAACGUGUCCCUCCUGAAUGGAAACUUCCAGAUUAUGCUCUUCAGUGGUUCCUGUCAAAUGGUGAACGUUCACGAGUUCAAUCGCUUCUUGCUCUACUACAUCAUUCCAACGCUGUAUUAAAUCAAACAGUGAAUGCCACACAAGUACAUGAUACUACUAAUCUUAAUCAUAGUAAUAUUAGUAGUACCAAUAAUAGUCACAUGAUGAUUCCACAUCAAGUAAUCAAUAAUACAUCAAUUAUCAGCGAUAAGAAACCAUUAAAUAUUUCAGUGAUGAAAAAUACACCCCGUGAUUUGAUGAAUAAAUCUCAUUCAAUUGUAGACACAAGUAUAAAUAAUUCCAUGCUAGGAGUAACUAGUAAAAUGAACCAGUCUAUACAACAGAAAGUUGAUCAUGUCAGUUAUCAGCGUAUGGAAUGCGAUGAUCCAGUUGAAAAAUUUCUACAUCGUAAAGAUGUACAAAAUCAUGCCUGGCCUCAUUUAUUGGCAACUGGACAAUUCACAAAGGCUGCAAAUAUUUUAUAUGAAGAAGCGUGUAAAGAAUUUCAAUUUUUAGGACGUCGUAAAGAUUUAUUCAGUCUAGCUAAACUUACAUAUUUAACAUCAGAUAAAUCAGAUUCAGUGACAAAUGAAUCAAGAUCAACGUUCAAUAAGAAUCAAUAUAUUGAUUAUUCUUACGACAGAAUUAAACCACACAUGGAUUAUGAGCAAGACAAUCAAAAAUGUCCAUUGAUUUCAAAAAUUGAUGGUUAUCUCAACUGGAUAUCACUUCAAGAAUUGCUUGAUCGAAAUCAUGUUAAAUCAGAGUCAGUUUUUGACAACAAUACAUCGUCUGAUUCAAAUCCACGUUUUAAACGUGUUCUCUCUAUACCAGUAUUAGUUCGUUUAUAUGUGAAUAAUGCAGCCUAUUUAAAUGAAACCAUGAAAACUGGUGGUAGUAGUAGUAGUAGUAACAACAAUGGUGACCGUGAAGGCGAUGACGAUGAUGAUAAUCAGUCCAAUGAUAAACAACAAUUACUCUCUGAAAUGAUUAUGCAUUUUCGUCGAGCAUUCAUUCUAAUUGACAUCUUACAGAUUGUAUCAGAUUUAAGACCAAACGAUGAUUGUCAUGAUCCUAUGGAAGCACGAGAUGAAUUGUUAUUACAUGUUUGGUGUCAAGCGAUUCGAAUGGAUGAAUGGUCUACUUCUGGUGAUGUACAUGAUCCUAUUGAAAUUUGUACACGAAGUUUCAUAUGUGCACUUGUAUCUGAUCUUUUCAAAAGUGGUGUCAAUGUAAUUGCCUUACUACCAAGUCCAGACGAAUUGUUUGCAGCAGAUGAAUUGGCAGAUUUAGCCAAAGAUCCACAAUUCCAUUAUCUCAUUGAAUCUGGAUUUGAACACAUGAGAAAUAUAUUAACAUCACAAAAGGCGGCUACAGCUACACAAGAUAUUGUUAUGACAGAUAUAUGUGUGUAAAGCAAUUGCU